CAUGGCUAAUUGCUGUUAGUCCUUUAAAUCAUGAGACUUUUUUUGCGGACAAAAAUGCCCCUGGUGCCUAAUAUUAGAGCCAAGCUGUUAGUCCUCAAAUCAUGAGUGAAGAAAUUACAUCUAGCUACUCGGACCCUUCUUCUCUUCUGUAUCAAUUAGAGUCCUAUCUUGAAUCGUAUCCUAUAACGGUUUGUAAUUGGCUGUUGAACUUGGUGACUGCGAUACUUGCACUUGCUGCUUCAUCAUCUUCAGCUGGAGUGAUGGUUUUGUUGGACAGAGACUCUGAGUAUUGCAAAAACAUUGCUUUUGCGUUUCUUGCUUGGUUUCUUCUUGCUAUUACUUCUCACACUGUCCUUUGGUUGUUGACAUCCCUUUCUUCUUGA